CUUUCUUCUCCCAAAUGCGACCAGCAAGAACUACAACAGCGCGUCUGUUGGAAACGUCUGACGUCGUGGCGCAUCGCUGUCAUGUGUGGAGUUGGUGUUUGUUGAUGUUGAUUCAUUCGUAAUUGUACUAAGUUUUAGACAUCGGGGUGAAUAAGUUGCACAACACCAUACCAACAGCGUUGGAUCAUUAGAGAUGUCUGGACGUGUGUACACCAGCAUCCUUCAAAGAGCUUCAAGCUGCACACUGACACUUUCCUCUGCUACCCCAUUCCAGUAUACCCACUUUGUAGCAUUUCCCUCUUCUCAGCCUCGACCAGCCCACCAUUGUCACUUCUCAUCCUGGGGCUCUUCCAGAACAGACCCCCUGUGCUUCAGUGGUGAGGAGUCGGGAAAUUGGGCUCAAAGUGGGCGACACCUCUCGACUCGUCAGGAUCUAGACUUCCAGCUCAGCCGGGUCCAAAUCAAAAGUAUUCUGCGAGCUAAUGAGCAGACUGUGAGUGUGCCAGAGUUUGAUGGCAGGGGACUCAGUGCUGUGAGAAAGUUUGAGAGCAACCAGCUGGCUGCUAACACACCGAAUGAGGACCGUCGCAGUGCAGCCACCUGCUUACAGUCAAAGGGCAUGCUCUUUGGAGUGUUUGACGGCCAUGGGGGCUGGGCGUGUGCCCAGGCUGUUAGUGAGCGGCUGCUGUACUACACUGCAGUUGCAAUGAUGCCAAAGCAGAGCCUGGAGGUGCUUGAGAAAUGCAUGGAGCAUAGCAGACCUGUUCCUCCCAUCUUGCAGUGGUACAAACACCAUGCAGACUUUAACUAUCGUGAAUCUGCUUCACUCUACAUUGACCACCUCAGAGUCUUCUGGCAAGAAUUACUGGACAGUGAGGAACAUGGUGAAGGCAUGAGUCCUCCAGAUGCUCUGGAUUGCGCUUUCAAGCGGCUGGAUGCUGACAUCUCCUUGGAGGCUCAAGUCCCUCUUUCCAAUGACCUGAUGAAAAGCACAGCCAUUCAGGUUGCGUUUGCCGGUUGCACCGCCUGUGUGGCUCAUGUUGGCACAGAUGGGAUCCACGUGGCGAAUGCCGGUGACUGCCGAGCAGUAUUAGGGGUGCAGGAGGAGGGCGGUUCAUGGAGCGCUUUGCCCCUUUCCCAGGAUCACAACUCACAGAACCAAGCUGAGAUGGAGCGGAUCAAGGCCCGACACCCACCCUCAGAGAGAGACACAGUGGUCACAGAUGACAGACUGCUCGGGGUUCUGAUGCCCCUGCGUGCGUUUGGUGACGUAAGAUUCAAGUGGAGCCGUGAGUUGCAGCAGAGCAUUUUAGACAGCCUGGAGACCGGAGUGGACCUGGACUCUCUCAACCUGUACCAGUACACGCCACCUAACUACCUGACUCCGCCCUAUCUGGACGUGGCACCCGAGAUAACCUAUCACAAGCUGAGACCUCAGGACCGCUUCCUGAUCCUUGGCACUGACGGGCUGUGGGAUGAACUGGGGAGCGAGGAGGCUGUAAGACUCGUUGGAGAGCACCUGAGUGGGAUUCACCUACAGGCUCCAGUUUCUCCAUCUGAGAGGCAACUAAAAUUGGGUCAGAUGCAUGAACUCUUGCUGAAACGCCGGGCCCGUGCUUCCCCUGCCUUAGACGCCAACGUUGCCACGCACCUCAUCAGACAUGCUCUUGGCACUGGGGAGCAUGGAGAACUCUGCCAGGAGAGACUGGCCUCUAUGCUCACUUUGCCAGAGGACCUGGCUCGAAUGUACAGGGACGAUAUCACAGCUACUGUGGUGUAUCUGAACUCUGACCUGGCCAGACCUCACCACAGCUAACAGAAGGGUUUUUACAAUGGUGCACAGAGAUGGAAAAAAUAGCAUAGCAUUCAGCUCUGUGAAGAUCAUAGCCAACAUUUUCUCUAGGCUGUCAUUUUCUGGAUAUUCUGGGACAAAAAUUACAACCUGUUACAUUAUUAAUUUAUAAAUUAAAUGAAGGGUUUCAGUAUUAUGUACAAGUAAAAUCACGGUUCCACAGACUUAACAUAAGUUACAUAUUCAUAGUUGUUGCAUCUAUCAUGUCAAAAUACAGAUUUUGUGGAGAAAAGCUUUUGGUCCUUCAGUGUACUCAUGACAUUUUAUAGACAUCAACUGGUUUGCAUGUCAAAAAUGGAAAUGUAAUUACAAGGCUACAGAUACUUUCUUUGCUCCUUGUCUUGUAUUUUGCACAGUUUGCUUUAUUCAAUCCAUCUGUGACAUUUCUUUCUGUUUGCUUUCUGUUAAUUUUACCUAUGUGUAAGCUGUGAAGUAUACUUUUAAUUUUGUGUAAAUGUACUGUCUUCUGUGUGAUUGUUAGAUGUGUUUAAGUCGACACUCCACUCAGUGGAAGAAAGGUGCAUAUUAAACAAUUGAGAAAUUA